AUAAUAAGGGAUCCAGAAGACGAAACUCUCCGCACUUUAAGUCAAGCAUCUGAAGAGGGAAGAAUUUCGUCUUUCGGAGAUAUCAUUGUUUUAUUUAUUCGACAUGGGGAAGCUACCUGUAAUCUGCAUUUUGGUUGCCUUUUUGGCAGUGGCUUCCGUUCAUACGAAAACGGCCAAUGUGAUUGACGUUUACCGAAAGAUGAUUUUUGAGCCGGCAGUGGUGAGGAAUAAUAAACCCGUCGUAGUCUUCUACUAUUCCUCGAGCCAAUGCAAACCUUGCAGCUGGAGCAUAUUGCCAAUCCUUGAGAAAAUGGUGAGACGUAAAAGCGAGUCAAUUUACUUGGCCAAAGUGGAUUUGGACAAAGUACCCGAAUUUAGAACUGAACACGCUAUUGAGACUCUGCCCACAGUGAUGACCUAUUUCAAAGGGGAUGUCAUGGACUAUGUCGAAGGACUUAACUGGGGACCCAUUGUCAAACUUGUAAAUGAAGCUGCUCGUAUGAAGUGAUUAAUUUAUCAUUAUUAGAAUUAAUUAAUAAAAAUAUCACAAAAUGGCUUCACAUACAUUUUCGUACUUUCAUUUAAAUUAUUAUCAUUCCGGCCAAAUUUUACUGGCAUUUGAGUUGACUUCCAUUGACUUGAAUUCAUUAACAAAAUUUUUAUUUAUUUAAUCUUACACGUUACAUGAUAGGCCGAUAAUAUAAUGACAUGUUUUAUCAUUCUCUAAAACUACGUGGUUUAACAAAUAAAAUUCAUUGUACUUACAAUUCUAUGCGGUUGCCUCAUUGUUAAAACUGAUGGAUAGUUCGUUCAUGACAACAAUUUUGUUUAAAUCAUCAAUUAUAUCCGAAAGCGGACCAUGAGAUUCAAGUUGAUGUAAAGUUGGUUCUUUUGGUUUUGAUCGCUUGAGCAGUAUCGAUGAACGUAGGGAUGAACUGUAAAUCAUAGACCAAAAUAAUUAGAUUUGUGUAAAAUAAAGGCAGCAUCCUGCACGUACCAGCGCUUCAAUAAUUUUUGGAAAGAAGUAAUUUUCUUGGGUUUCUGUACUUCAGUUGAAAGGACUUCAGUUGACUCCUUUAAUGUAUAACCCCAAAUAAAGAAACUGUUCAACUUCCUGUGGCUUAGGAUAGAUUUGAUAACGUUCAAAUUCACUCCAAACGCUUGAUAUUGCAGGGAUAGUAAAGUAAUGUUGUUGUUCAAAAGUCGAAGUUUUCUUAGGUUAAUUAAUUUCCCAAGGGCAGUACUGAUUUCAGAGGAUUCCAAAAAUGGGCCAUCAAUGGAAAGUUCAACCAAACUUGUGGGGAGCAAAUCCAAUCUUUGCAAAAAGCAGGAUGAUUUUCUCAAGUAGAAAAUUGCAAGGUUUGGCAUUUCGGAAAAUACGGAACAUGAAAUGCUAAUGUACAGCUUGUCCUGCCUUGAGGACGUCAUUCCCAUAUUCGAUUCCAAUUGACUGUCCGUCAACGUGAGGAGUUGCAGAAUUAUUAGACUGUUCUUGUUAUGGAGAAGAACUGGCAAUAGGACCUCGGUGAAAAAAAGUUCGAAUGGUGACAUCCAGACGAGGCGAGUAAGGUGACCGACCUCUCCUCGGCUCCGGAGUAAUUUUACCCAAUAGUUUUCCAGAAAUGAAUCUCCAACAUAUUUUUGGUUUUCUUCGUCCUGUGGGUUAGCCCAGAAGAUAAUGUCCAAUUCUUCAAGUUGUGGAAAUAGGUUGCGGCCUUCGGAUAAAGCAGCGUCGUGAGAUAUGGAAAGAGCAUAGUCGAGCAUUGUCCUCACGCUAAGAUGCUCAAGGGUGGAUGAGUGUCGGUUAAGAAAGGUUUCCAAAGCGUUAUGCCACAAGGAUAUUCUGGUCUUGUUGCGAACUUUUGCUCCUCCGCACAUGUUAACGAAUGCGAAUUGCUGGAGGGAAAACGAUUGUAUUGUCCGGAGGAGAAAGAGAACUCGAUUACGGAUGUUUCGUUCCUCAUUGUAGAACAUAUUGUUCUCAUCAUACGUGUCAUCUGACUCAAAAACUCUUGGUCCCAUUGAUGAAUAAAAUGUUUUGGGAGCAGAAAUCUUGAGUCCUCUCAACGUCUUUGUAGUGACUACUUCUGGAAUGUGAUAAGUCAAAUCUAGUCCAAUUGGGAAAACUUGAGACUCCUCGAAAAAACUGUCCAUCUCGAAAACUAGUUUUGUUUCAGUUUUAAUAAGUCUUCGGAUGCCAGCCAUGAACAUGUUGUAAUCUUGAAGGGGGUCGUUGAUUUCACUUGGAGGAAAUUCUGCAUCUGACGAGUCCGGUUCGGAGUCCACUGAGGAAUCAGGAGUGUGACAUCCUGGUUGGAGAUUCUGCGUUUCUGUUUCUGGGUUUUUGUCCGAGCCAAUAUUUAAAGAUUUUUGAAGGAUUUCUUUUGACUUUGACCAUUCAGAUAAAAGUUCUUCGAGUUCACCGUUAUGGCCGUCGUGAGGGGGAGUGGUAAAAGCGUCAGUGGUGGAACUAUUCAAAAUGGGAUCUCCGCCUUCACCGCACAAGACGUUAGUUGCCUGGAAAUCUGGAAGGUUAAUAGGAUUACUCUCAGCUAAAUCAGGGGUUGGGGUGCUGAUAUCUUCUCUUCCUGAUAAUUCAGCGUCUCCUCCAUGAUGCCUCCUUGGCAGGGGAAAUGGAGUCGGAAUUGCGUGAAACAUUUUGAAUAUAGAUGUAGUAUACUUAAAAAUAGUCUGCAGUGUGCUUUUUAGAAAAUCAAGGCGAAUCCGCUCUGAUGGAUAUAUAAUUUAUUCUUGGGUUCUGUUUGUACUCAAAAUUGCGUUAAAUUUAGAAAACCUCAAAAUAAGAAAAAAAAAUCUCCAUUGGUAAUAUAUUUACUACUCGUAUGAAUGUUUCUGCGUGAUAUCUGCACUUUAUCACUCUACGAUAGAGUGAUAAAGUGUCAAAUGAUCUUGAAAUGUUCGCAUAUUGUGCAUUUGUCAUUUGUAGAAUAAUACAAAAUUAGUUCUGUGGUUUGUCCGUGUCUCAGGAGGGACACAACCAGUGCAUAAGUCCUGACUCCGGUUAAAAAAUAUUUAAUCCCUGUUAAUCUAAAUUCAUGACACUCAUAUCGUUAAACGAUUUGGUUAUGUAUACAUAUGUACGCGUCUGUCUACACAACUUUAGUCAUUUAAUGCAUCUGUUUUACCCAAUGCUGCGAAAUCUGUAAUACUCAGAAAUAUCUAUAAAUCAAACUUUUGUAAUGUGAAUUAAAUUCCAGUGAAUGGUUACAAUUUUUGUGGUUAUUUUAACUUUAAUCGAUAAAUAUACAUAUGUAAUAUAAGUGACGCUUGUACUCGACCACAUCAAAUGUUCCUAUGAAAUGAAGUGCGACAACGUUCUAAGUAGAAUUCAAUCAAUUAAUAGAUUGUAUUGAAACGUCAAGUUUCCAGAAGUUUUGUAUUAGUCAACAAUUGGUGGCAGAUAUAUUUAUAAACUGUUGAAUAAGCAUUCAUAAGCCGCUUGAUAAGGUUUAACGAUAUGUGGAUCAUAUCUUACUUUUUUCAACUUCUCGCUUAAUCUUGAUUGGUUACGAGUACAGAUUCAUUUUGUCACAAACUAAACGCUGUACAUUAAAAUAAGGCAAAUAUAUUAAAUCAUUAUAUGUACCAAUGCAAGGUAUUUGUCAAGUGAUCAAGAUAAAGUAUCAGAUUUGUGUGCCCUAACCUUGGACGAUAAAAUUGCCAGUUUAAAAUUGGAUGCACCGAAUUACAAUUAACUAAUUGAGUUUUUGACAUUGCUGCACAAUGAAGUUUUUCUGCAGUUUAUUGUUCUUAUCGGCAUCAUGCACGUUAUGCAUGGGAUGGACGGGAACUGUUGUAUUUGAAGACAAUUUCGACGGUUCGUCUUUGGAUACUAUCAAAUGGGAAUAUCAAGAAGGCUGUGGGACUGAAUUCGGUUCAGGAAACCUUCAAUGUUACACCCGAAACAAUGUUCGAGUUGCGAACGGAAACUUGGUAAUUGACGCUCGACGACAGAACAUGGAGGACAAAGAGUACACUUCAGGUCGCAUCAGACAACGGGGUUUGGGAUUCUUGUACGGUGCAUAUGUCAUCAGAGCCAGGUUGGCACGAGGCGAUCAUCUUUGGCCAGCGUUAUGGCUUCUGCCCAUCAACAACGAGUGUCGAUAUGAAGAGAUCGAUAUUGCCGAGUAUCGUGGCCAGGCAGGAGAGGCGAGACAGUUGGAAAUGGCAGGUCACUGGGGUCGCAGUUGGGAUGCUCUGACAUCGAGAGGUGUCAAGAACACAAUUCCUUGGGAUUUGAGUACCGAUUUCCACGAGUUUGCCGUCUUGUGGCUCCCUUCUAAAAUCGAGUGGUAUAUUGAUAACCAGAAAUAUUAUGAGGUAUCCCUUGUCGAUGGCACGUUUAACUCCGAUCCGGCCAAAUUGCCAUGCCGUGGAAGUACCCAACCCUUUGACGAACCAACAAAUUUCAUAUUUAAUAUCGCCGUUGGGGGACCAUUCUUUGCGGAUUUUCCAAACUUUGACCCCAACACUUGGUCGAAACCAAGUAUGGAAAUUGAUUGGGUUAGAAUCUACCAGGAAUAAAAGCUAUAUAAAUAUUGAAAUCUAACACCAACACCAACUAUUGUAUUCGUUAUAUAUUCUUAAAAUUCGGCAUAAUAUCUGUAAAUUGAAAUAAAUAAAAAUGUGUAUGUGUAUCACCCUCAAAA